GUAUAGUCCUCGGGGUUUUGAUGACGCUACAUAUGGUCGAACAAAAGUUCCCAGAGUCGCUGGUGGGUGUAUAAACUGCAUACUUCCUGUCGUCCUAUCAUCCUGCCCAUCCCCCCUUUUUGCUGUUGUGUAUUCGUAUUCUCCGUCAUCCCUUUACUCUGCCCACCCCUCCCUUCGUUCCCCCUGCCAAUGGACCUUGAAUCUAUCAGCUUUGGCAAAGCCCUGUGGGUUUGCAUGAACAUAAAAAACAAUUUGGGCAACAAGACUAUUAAAGUCCAAAAUGCCACGGUUACGUGGGGAAAAUUCUUCCGCGAUAGCAAAGGCACUGAAAUAUCGGCAGAUGAAAUUAAUGGACUUACCGUUGCUCCCGGUGCUGUGACUGCUGUUUCGGCCUGCAGACGUCCGAGUUCGUUCGCAGGGACAGAGGGUUCCAUUGACCUCUUUGAUAAGUCGACCCGAAUUUGCACCAUCGUUUGGGACUUGCCUUCCAAGUCCAAGGAAAAUCGACUCGAAGUCCAGAAUUCUCACAAUAAUUAUGUGGUCACUCUUGGUCCCUGGGAAAGUUACGGGGCCAUCGGUCACGUUAGUAUCGAUGUUCAACGUGCCUAGAGCCUAGUUUUCGAUCACAUCGGACAGCCUACAUAUCCUCGUCUCUGUCGCUCAAAUGGUUAUAUCACAGGCUUUUGUACACCCUUAGAAUGUUCUCUUGCCCUUGUAUGGACUACGGUUGUUUGUAUUCUUAUACAGCGUGCCAUCAUGUAUCCGCUUCUGGCGCAGUAUGCUUGGACGUCAACGUGACUUGAUAUUGAAUUUGGC